AUGCCCGAGGAUCAUGAUAUUCUGGGUGCAGCACAGAGCGCCGUCCUUGUUCCGUCAGAAGAACCAACCGAAGAUGCCAUUCCAGUAAAAGGAUACGAUUUUAACCAUGGAAUCGACUACAACAAGAUCCUGGAGUCAUAUUUAUAUACGGGAUUUCAAGCUACUCAUUUUGGAAAGUCAGUUGAGGUAUUUGCACGUCUUUAUAAAAUUUUGUUUGUUUAGGUAAUAAACAAGAUGAUUGCAUGCCGACGUAAAGAUUUUUCCGGAUUUGAGUCAUCGUUCGCAUAUCCAGAAGGACGAAAGAAGACGGGUUGUACCAUUUUCCUGGGUUAUACUUCAAAUCUGGUGACUUCAGGGUUGAGAGAAGUAAGGACAGCUUUUUUUGCAAAAAUUUUUUGCUUUAAUUGCAUUUAGAGUAAUUUGGAUGUCCAGACUUUCAGGUAUCUUGCAGAGCAUAAUCUGGUUGAUUGUAUUGUGACAAGUGCUGGCGGAAUCGAAGAAGACUUCAUAAAAUGCCUAAAGGAUACCUAUAUCGGUAAGUGUAACGUGCAAUGUACGAAAAAUUUUCAGGAGACUUCAGAUUAGAUGGUGCAGAACUUCGAAAGAAGGGCCUGAAUCGUGCUGGAAAUCUCUUGAUCCCAAAUAAAAAUUACUGUGAAUUCGAAAAUUGGAUUACCCCGAUUCUGGAGAAGAUGACGCAAGAACAAGUCAACUGGACCCCAUCAAAGGUAAUUCCCCCGACUAAUUAUUGUACCCUUUGUUAGAUCAUUAGAAGAUUGGGAUUAGAGAUAAACAACAAAGAGUCCAUCUACUACUGGGCAGCGGUCAACAAUAUCCCCGUCUUCUGUCCUGCACUCACAGAUGGAUCGUUGGGCGAUAUGAUAUACUUCUUCAACAUCAAGGCCGAGAAACCGUUGAGGAUUGAUAUUGCGGAAGAUGUUGGACAUAUAAACACCAUGGCGGUCAAAUCAGAAAAUACGGGAGUCGUCAUUCUAGGAGGCGGCUUUGUGAAACAUCACAUCAACAACGCGAAUCUGAUGAGGAACGGGUCCAAUUACGCCGUCUACAUCAAUACCGGUCAAGUGAGUUGUGGGCUAAUCAUUGGGAAUGCCAUUUUUUCUUUCAUGACUUCGUUGGCGCUGAUACGAACAAGAAAAAAAGCCAGCUAAUUAUGUUUUAUGAGCGCAUGUUUAAUGACACCGCUCCCUUUCCAGGAAUUCGAUGGUAGUGACUCGGGAGCCACGCCGGACGAGGCCGUCAGCUGGGGCAAGCUCAGGCACGGCAUUGAGCCCGUGAAAUUGCACUCGGAUGCGACCCUGGUCUUUCCUCUGAUCGUCGCGCAGACCUUCGCCCGAUCCAAUUAA